AGUUAUAGUAUGUCUAAAUAGCUUAUAUAUUACUAAGCGUACACUACGGUGUUAAGUAGGGUACUAAGUAGUAUAGUUGAUUUACUACGGUCAGAUGAUGGGCGCUUCGAUAUUGAAGUUCAGUUUCAUCUACGCACAUUCGAUAGUAGCGAAUCUGAAAAAAAAAAAAACAAUACUGAAAGUGUUGGUGUGUUUAUCACAUUCUUAAGUAUGCUCACUGGAGUGAAAUGCUGACAGUUAAGGAAACCAAUUUUUAUAGAUCAAUUUGUUUCCACUGGGCUAGGACAAACUUUCGUGCGGACAGCUGUACUUGGCUUUUUUGCACCUCUUGUUUUUGUGGUUGCGCUCUUUGGCCAAAAUGGCGAAGUACUGGUAACAAUUAACGACAGUUUGCUCUUAAUAGUGUUAAUUACUUUCACCAGUAGAAUCUCUCAAAACGAUACGAAGAGCAGUGUAAUUGAGAGAAUUUAAUGUAAUUUAAUUAAUGUAAUGUAAGUUAAUGUAAUUUAAAAAUUAUCGUCAUUAAACAGUGUGUAGGGAUGAACAGGGCUCCUGUCUGGAGUAAAGUGUCCUAAUGUUAUUUAAGAGAAGAGACCUCUAUUUCGCCUUUCACUGGAUAUUACGGAAAUAUUCGAUUUAAUACAGUGUGUAAUGAUUGUUUUAGCUUUGUAAACAAAAUGUGGUUUGAUUAGUAGAAUAUGGACCAAUAGUUUUAAAGUUUAUUUAUUUAUUUGUUUGUUUAUUUAUUUAAAAGCCCGUUCUCUGUGUGAUCAGUAAGAGUCGGUAGUGUUCUGAACACGUUCCUGUAAGUCUCAGUAUUCAGUGGGUUUCACUACGCAUCUGGGACAGCGUUAAGGGAAAUUACGUUUGACUAUUUGUUUGACUUGAUUUCAUUUACUCACAUCUGAAAUUAUGCGAGAAGCGAAAUUGGUAAUGUGAAUGUUUAAUCAGUCAAGGCCAAAAAGCCCUAGUCCAAGGCAUUAGUGUCUCUAACACCUGCGAUUUUCCUAUCCGUCACUGUCUGCUGAGACUCAACACUACAGCGUAGAGAGUUCUUAUGGAAAAAAGGGGAACAAACCUUUUCCGAAUCAACUGCAAGGUUCCAAUUAUUUUACAAAGUUAUGGCAAUGUUAGGGGAGCAUUCUCUGAACCAUAGUGCGCAACGGAAUGCGAAUGUUAUAUUUACAUAAAGAAAACUUUAGUGGAAACCCAAACAGGAACUAAAAAAACAUUCCCAAAAAAAAAAACCAAGCAUUCCCAGAACGCUCUAGAAGGUUCUGGGAACCAACGAUUGUUAGCCAGGUUAUAAUUAAGCAAUAUCACAUGAGCAAGAGUGCUGUUAGACUGAAUAUCAGGACAGCUGUGCUGAUGUUCAGUAUAACCUCGCAAUUGGGAGUAUAGCACUGCUUUAAUACAACAGUUCUCUAAACAAGAAAUUAAUACUGAGUAACUGACAUUUCAGACACAAUAUGGCCAAAAGUUUUGUUUAUUUUUGCUCCACUAGUGGAAAUAGAUCCCAAAGAAACCAUGAUCACUUUACAGCCUGUCGGCUAGCUGGCCCACGUUGAUUUUUACAUUCCCGUUAAAGGUCAAGUCUAAUAUCAAGAUGUCACCUGGAAACAUCUCAGUCAACGUUGUGAACUUGGGGAGAGUUGCUUACCGCAGUGCCCUGCAGAUACAGCAACAAUAUAUCAGACAACAUUUUGAUUCUUCAAGCCAAACUCCAAACACAGUACUCUUGUGUGAACAUGACCCUGUUUACACCAUUGGCAUUCGGAGAGCACCGUACCCUGCUGAAGAGGAGCAGAGACUGAAAGAUCUGGGUGCAGAAUUCUUUCGGACAAACCGUGGAGGCCUUAUAACCUUUCAUGGGCCAGGGCAGAUGGUGUGUUAUCCUAUUCUUAACCUGGCCUGCUUUAAAAAGAGUGUGAGGUGGUAUGUGUGUGAACUGGAAAAGACAGUGAUUAAGAUGUGUGGCAAGUUUGGAAUUAAAGCCUCCACCUCGCCAGACACUGGUGUCUGGGUUGGAAAUAAUAAAAUAUGUGCAAUUGGUAUCCACUGUGGUAGAUACAUCACUUCUCAUGGUUUGGGACUGAACUGCAACACUGACAUGAGCUGGUUUGACCACAUUGUGCCCUGUGGUAUUGUGGGAAAAGGAGUCACCUCACUCAGCCGAGAGCUCGGCCGGGAUGUCACGAUAGAAGAGGCGGCUCCAGUAUUACUACAGGCUUUUAGUGAACAGUUCAACUGCAUGCUGAAUAAAGCUGAGUUUCUGCAAAAUUACUGAAUGCCUUUGUGUGCAGAAAAAAACAGACUUUAAACUGAUAAAUACUGUAGGACCCUUCCCUCAUGGGCAACCCUAAUAAAAUGUUAAAUGCUUUGCCAAACUACAGUGAAUAUCACUGUCUCCUGUUUUAUAUGCUCACCUGCUACAAUGGGAAGAUAUUUUAUAUAACUAAUUUGUAUGAGUAGGAAUAUUGAGUAGUGUGUCUUCUUUUCAUAAAUUUUUUUUUUAUGUAGUUGCUUUAGUAGCUAUGCAUAGGUAACAUAUACUGUGUAGUAUCUGUACAUAUACACUGUAUAGACUGUUGAAUGACAUGUUUUAACUGCUGCUGUUUAGAAUGUUAUCUGCUUUCACCUCUAACAGCCUCAGAAGCACUUGGCUUGUACACCUGAGGACUUUUGUCCAAAACAUCUUGUUUCUCUGAACACUGUGUUUCUACAUACAUAACAGAACAAUAAUCUUUAAAGUGCAUCUAAGGCUGUAGGACAUGAAAAUAACUGAUGUGCCUGAUUGAAUUUCCAUUUAUUACAAAACAAUUUACUAAAGAGCUGACAUACUGUAGCAUGAUACGACGUUAUAACAUUCAUUCAUUGGUUUG